AUGGCUGUGACUCCUUGGCAGGGGGGUAGCUCAGUGCUGCAGAUCCCUCCGCAGUGCCUGGGGCAUAGGCACCCCCUCUCUGAAGCCUCCUUUUUUCUCCUGGCACCCGGUGGCAGCAGCACACCCCCCGGUGUGUUCUGGGGGGCUGUACCCCCCCUGACACCCCUCUUUAUUGACCAGGUGGAGGACGGGGGCAAGGCUGCGCUGUCACGCCGGCUGCAGCCGGGUGAUGAGCUGGUGAACAUCAGCGGGACGCCGCUGUACGGGUCCCGCCAGGAGGCUCUGAUCCUCAUCAAGGGCUCCUACCGCACCCUGAAGAUGAUCGUCCGCAGGAGGAGCGUGCCCGUCCUCCGGCCCCAUUCCUGGCACGUGGCCAAGCUUGCCGAAAGCCGCCCCGACGCCCCCGCCAUGCACUACCCUGCUGACGCCUUCAGCCUCUCCUGGCCCUCGGGGUGUGAUGUCAGCGAGCUGUCCCUGCAGUGGAACCCGCUGUCCCGGCACUGCAGCACCGACCGGAGCAGCUCCAUCGGGAGCAUGGAGAGCCUGGACCAGCCCGGCCAGGCCUACUAUGAAGGGGACCCCUCACCCGUUGACCAGGGCAUGUACCACAGCAAGCGGGACUCGGCCUACAGCUCCUUCUCUGCCAGCUCCAUCGCCUCUGACUGUGCCAUCUCCCUCCGCCCCGAGGAAGCAGCUUCUGUUGACUCCAGCCUCCAAGGCCCCUGCAAGCCCCCCGACGGGCGCUACCUGACCACCGGGGCUGAGCCACCCGCCAGCCGGCACACCGAGGCCUGGCGGGUGCCUGUGCCCCCCCAGCCCCCUGUCAGGAGGGACAGCCUGCGGGCAGCCCCGGCUGGCACAGGGGACAGGCGCCGGGUGUCGGUGUCGGCAGACAUGCUGCACGCCAAGGGCCGGUGGAUCUCUGACACCUUCCUCUGCCAGCGAGACGGGGAGGCAGAGUCUGCGGGCAGGAGGACGCCGUACACCAUGAAGGACCGUCUCUCCUCUGACCAGUAUUACAUGCUGAGCUCCCAUCCGGACCGGUGCCCGGCUGAGCCGCUCCUGGGGGAGAAUGUGGAGCCUGGCAACCAGCUGUACCCAGAUGGUGGCAUGCACCGAGUGCCGGAUGCUGUGGCAGCAGGUGACAGCCCGUUGCUGUCCCCCCUCAAGGGCCACGCGCCGCACCGGCACAGUGCUCCUGAGCAGCUGCUGGCUUCCCAGCUCCGCUCCCUCCAGGUGGGCACUGGCAUCGAGCGAGCCUCACCAGCUCCUGACGGGCACCGCUGGACCUUAUCCCCGCUGCACCCCGAGGACAGCCGGCUGGGGACUGCAGGGGCCGCCCAGGACCCCCCACACUGCCCAGAGCCAUGUUGCCGUCUGCCACCCUGCCGCUGCUGCCCUGAGCUGCAGCGAGCCUGCGGGCAGGACGGGCGGGGGGCCAGCCCAGCACGCAGCACCGAGGGGCCGGCGGAGGAGGAGAGCCGGGCGGGGGGACGGCGGGCUGGGGGUCCUCCCCACCGCUCCCCCAACUGGGAGAAGUACAGGCAGCGCCGGAUAUCUCAGCGCCUGCCGGAUGGUUCCGGGCAUGGCUCUGCCUUCACUGCUGCCCCGGUGCCAACCCGCAGCAUCGCUGAGGCUGUGCGUGAGCGCUCGCAAAGCCUCACUGGGGAGCAGGGGGGCCGGUCCCGGGGGCACACUGCUCGCCCCCCUGCCCCGCCAGGUGCCUGGCCCCGACCUGACCCCCCCAGAUUGCUCCGCAGGACACCCGAGCCCGAUGCUGGCAGCGCUGAGAUUUGCAGCAGGGCGGCAGGUGCUGGGGAAGAGCGUCCAAAGGUGAAGCACCCCUGGGAGAUGGAGGAGCAGCCCCAAAGGCUUGGCCGGAACCAGGAGCGGGGCUGGGCUGGCCCAUGCGGCAUGAGUGAGUGCUCCCUGCCCCUGCAUGGUGGUCCCCGCCCUGCCACCCCAGAGGCACCCAAGUCCAGCCCCGGAGCAGCGGAGGGGGCAAGCUGCCAGGGAAGCCGGCCCCAACCCCGCCGUGUGGACUCGGAUGAGCUGCUGUGGGAUGUGGUGGGCAGGGACCACUCCCUGGCUGGCAUCCUGGCCCCCUCGGCCCCCCUCUGCACCACCACCGAGAUGAUGGGCAAGCUGCUGGUGGUGGGGGAGCAGCAGGCCUGGCGGGAGCGUUACCAGCAGGACUGGCGCCUGGAGGCCCUGGCACAGGACAGGCAGGGCUUCGAGCCCAUCUCACCGCCCCCCGGGAGCACUGCCAGCUCCACCUCCUACUCGGCAUAUUACGGCUCAGCAGCAGGCAAAACUGAGCCUCUCGGCAAGAUGAAGGAGCUGCCAGAGGUGGUGGAGGGAAGCUCAGAGGAUGAGGAGGAGGAGGUGGACCACGAGCUGGUGGAAAAGAAGCUGCAGCUGAUCGAGAGCCUGAGCCGCAAGCUGGCGGUGCUGCGGGAGGCACAGCGGGGGCUGCAGGAGGACAUCAGCGCCAACGGGGCACUGGGCGAGGACGUGGCUGCCCGUCUGCAAGCUCUCUGCACCCCGGGGGAGUUUGACAAGUACCGUCUCUUCGUGGGCGACCUGGACAAGGUGGUCAACCUCCUGCUCUCCAUCUCGGGGCGCCUGGCCAGGGUGGAGACUGCCUUGGGCAGCCUGGGGCCGCACGCCCCCGCUGAGGACAAGGUGGCCCUGCGGGAGAAACAGCGGCUGCUGGUGGCGCAGCUGGAGGACGCCAAGGAGCUGAAGGAGCACGUGGGGCGGCGGGAAGAGGCGGUGGGUGCCAUGGUGGCACGGUACCUACCUGCUGAGCACCUCCAGGACUACCAGCACUUCGUCAAGAUGAAGUCGGCCCUCAUUGCCGAGCAGCGAGAGCUGGAGGAGAAGAUCAAGCUGGGCCAGGAGCAGCUACGGUGCCUGCGUGAGAGCCUCGGUCAGGCCCCCAAGGGCUGCUAGCCCCCUGCCCAGCCUUCCCCCGGGACCCUGGUCGUGGCCCCAGCUUGCUGCCAAAGCGGAUCUGGCCCCUCGGGGGCUCUCGCUGCGUCUGUCUGUCUGUCCAGCCCCUGCCUUUUAUUUAUUUAUCUGGUUUACCGAGCAGGGGAGGGGGUACCAGUCCAGGCGCUGGCAGGGGAAAUUGUGUCACAGACCUGCCCUGGGGUCUAUGGCCACCCAGCACCCUGUGGCCCCGCAGGACCAGAUGAACAGAUCCUGUCACCCCUCUGCUACUCAUGGGCCUUUCUGUGCCCGUGGGGGUCCCUGGGUUCCUCCGCCUUGUCCUGGACACCAGUGCCUGUCCCACAGCUGGUGCUACACCGCGUGCCUUAAAACACCCCUCCGGCUGCCCUGGGGCAUCUCCACGCAGCACCUGGAAGGGUUAAACUAUCCUUACCCUCCAUCAUGCCUAUUUGUCCAGCUCUGUCCAUCUGUCCGGUGGGAGCUGGAGGAAUUUCUGCCCCAGCAUCCUCUUCCUCUUCAUUGUGUCUGAAACAAUAGACCUGGCCAACAGGUCCUUAACCCACUCCCCGCCGGCCCAAGUCACAACGGGGGGCUGAGUUGGGUGCUGGUGGGUGCUGUGUACUCCUCUCCUGGGGGACACAGUGAUGGGUGCCCCUGGGAUGGUGCCCUGCCAGGGGAUGGGGUGCUGGCAGCAGUAGACUGGGGACUGUGGGUGCCUCCUGCCACCAGUGGUGUGGGCACAGCGACCACCCGGCCUCAUCCAGCCCUCCAGCCUCUGCCCUGGCACUGGGAAGGAUUAAUAGAGGAAGAACCAUGCUAAGGCUGAAAUGGGGUACCUGUCCCCCUCCUCUGUGCUGCAGCAGCCCCAAAUAGCUCUUAGACCUCACCCUGGGCCACCCCCCAGGCCCAUCACUGUCUAUCUGUCCCCACAGGAUGGGCAGGUGCCUUGAUGCUGAUUUUGCACAGGGAUUUCGUGCAACUGGCAGCAGCUUGGGUUGGUGGUGGGGAAGCAUUUUGGGGAGGCAGGAUGGGCCCCAGCCCUUUUGGGGGUGGCCAUAGCUGGGCAGCCCAACCCCAGGGUGCAGGCAGUGCUCAUGCCUGCCUGCUCGACAUCACAACAUCCCCCCGUGUGGCUGUUCACCCUGUGGGCCUCCCCCAGCCGUUGAACGCUACACCCCAUAUCUACCUGGCCCUACCCUGGGGCCAGGAACGGGGUCCCCCACAUCCCCCCCAUCUCAGCCACCCCCUGUACCUGCCCAGGGACACUGGUAGGACCAAAGACUGCACCCACUGGGAGGUGGGGGACAUGCUGCUCUUGG